AUGUCACCGUCAAAAUAUUUACUAACUCCUCCGGAGGAAUUACAUCCGCUCACCGACUCCAACCCACAAAUCUAUCCUGAUUUUGAUCCGUGGAUUCACACCAAAGAGGAGGAUAAGAUACUUAAAGAGUUCGUGGCAAAAGGCUACUAUACUGCUUCUAGGGUAAACUUUGAAACCAUUUCUGCUCGUUCAGCUUUACAAGGAUCACUUCCCAAAGUUUCCUCAUUGUUAGGAGAUGAAUUAUCCAAGAUUAUUGAGAUACGAGAACAAGAAAUUAAUAGGAUAAGUACACUGGACAUAGAAGACAGUACAAGGUUCACUAAAUGGUCCGGUCAAGAUUUUCAUUUGCCUAACAGAGUCACGCUUACAGAUCAAAAGAGGAAUCUGUGGCUUCAGGAAUUAAGCUCAUCGAACACAUCAUUGCGGAAAUUAACUAAAUCUGUUCCUCAUGGAUUUAGGAAAAGGCACAUUUUGGAACAAUGCUACACACAAUUCGUUCCAAUAUAUCGUGUCAUAUGGCUAAUCAAAAGUUGCUAUGCUAUUGAAUGGAAAGGAAUGAUCUCAAAAGCCAAAGGAGAAACCACCCAUGAAGAGCUUCUUAGUACUUUGUACAAAGACUGGACCGAUAAUAUGGUCCUUAUCCUUGAGAAAUUGGUUUUUGAAGUCAGUAAAUAUUACAAUGAUCCGGGGCAGUUGAAAUAUUGGAAGCUACGCAUCGCUCAUUAUUUGAAGAUUCUAGGUAACUGUUAUGAAAUGGAACUAUUAAACAGAUCUACUUUGCAUCAAUGGCUGGUAGAUUUUUUAAGUAAAAUAGAGAGCUUCGAAUUCUAUCCUAUGACAUUGCAUAUCCUUUCUAUCUUCUGGAGUGGAAUUCUUGGGACAACAGAAGAAGAUACAGAAAUAGAAUCAUCGUUUUUGAUAAUAAAGCUUUCAGAAAUUCUAUUACGAAAGUACCACAUCAUAUCUGAGUCCAAGUGUAUGAUUAAUGACUCGAAGUAUAUCAUAAAUGAUGUCCAGAGAAAUUCAAAACUCAAAGAGUCUGUUUUAUUACGGUUGCGGCAGUUUAUUUCCCAUAUUUUCCAUACUCAAUCCUUAGAAGCGUUCAUCAUGCCAAAGCAAAAUUGGAACAUCUAUAAGAAUUACUUGUAUCAAAUAUUACUUCAGAAUGUCUCUGAUGAAGAGACCCCAAAGUUAAAAAAGAAAUUGAAAUUGAUAUCAUAUAGGAAUGAAUCGUUACGGUUGGGAUCCCUUGAUGUGGAACCUUCUCGAGAAACCUCUCCUUUCAGCACUGAACUUACCUUAGACAAUGUUUUCUCAGGAAAUAUUUUGAAUCUCAAGAAUGUGAGCCCAGAAUUACUCGGUGUAUUAGAUAGUGGCCUUUCAGGCUCAGAGUGGAGCUUAUUUAUUGACCAAAAAAUUACGAAAAUGGAACAGGUCAUUGAAAUUAUUCUAUGGGCAAUCAAUCCUUCACGUAAGCAUCGAUAUGACAGUUGUCAUUUAGUUGCGAAAAUAUUAGUUUUAAAAAUCAAUUCUCAAGAAUCAUUCCAAGAAUACAGCAUUGAGGAUGUUAUAUGGAGUCUUAUUUUCCAUUUUUCUAAAUUAUCAAAGUUAGAAUUGCAGAAAAUCGUAUGGCUUCCGAAGUUGCAUCAACUUUUGAAUGUCUUUAUUGGUUAUGGAAUAAUUAAAGUCCCAACAUACAUCAGACGUUUGAUAAGUUCUGGUGUACUCUAUUUGCCAGAAUCCGAGAAUAAAAAUUUCCACUGUAAACUCCUUAUCAAUUUAAAGAUAUCACCUAUUAUGAAGUCGCAAUAUAACAUGGUGUUAAAGAAUGUUAUGGAGUACGCUCCUCACUUUUAUGAGAAGUACAAUUUUGACAAGUUAGUGUCGAUCUUUGAAAGCCUUAAACCUAAACUUCUUAGUGGUGAUUUUGAAAGGCUUGAGGAGUAUCCAGGAAGCAUACGGAUUAUGUGCUCCGAAUGGUAUUUAUCUCAAAUCUGUUUUAAUCAAGGGGAACUUCAGAAGGUCAAUAAUCAUAAGAUCAUCAAAACAUUCCAACUUUUUUGUAUCAAUCUAGGAGAGUUACAUCACUUUUUUGGGUGGGCUGAGUAUAUUGUUUAUCAUCAAUUAAUUGAUGACCUUGAAAACUUAGAAGUAUUCACUGACAUUUUGCUUUAUUUGGACAAAGCUUUUCUUUUACUUAUCAAUGAUCAUAUUUUAUUUAUGAAGACAUUAUUACACAGUUAUAUGAGGGAUCUACGGAUAAAAGACAAAGCAGCUUUUGAAUUGAUAAAUUUUAAGAGUUUUUGGAAGUUUUUCGUUAAGAAUUGUGCAAACAUGAUUGAAAUGGACUCGUCGUUGCAGAAUCAAAUUGCUGAAGUUUUCGAGUUAGAGAGACACCGGAAAGAUCACUUUACUAAAAUGCCAAACGAAACGGUGUCGUUAUACCUGGAAAUAACCGGUAAUAAGAAUACGAAGUUUGAAGAGCAGAACUUUCCUAGUGUGAUCCAGCAAAAUAUUAAAAAGGUUCUUCAUAAUCCCGAAGAUGAAUCCAAUUGUAGAAAACUCUUGUUACUAUGCAAGGCCUCACACGCCUCAGAGUAUAAUAAGUUUUUGUCAAUUUUUGUGAAAAGAGGAGACUUCACUGUUCAUGAAUUAUUAAAACUUAUUUCAUUAAAAUUACUAAGUUUUGAGGUAAUUCAGAAGACAUCACAUUUUGAUUUAUUAUGUGAAUUAGUGUCACAAGUAAGCUUUAAUUAUGGUCUAAAUUUCGAAAAUGAAAAGAAUGCCUUUGUCAAGAGGAAUUUCAAACAAAUCACUCUUCAACUUUUCAGUCGACCUACAUUCAGGGACACUUUAGUGAGAAUGCUAGUGGAAUAUGGUCCAAAUUCAAAUUUGAGUGAAAAAUCUGCUCAAGUUGUCAGCCACAUUUUAAGAGAAGAGAAAAACAUGUCUAUCAUUAGAGAUAUGUUGAUAUAUGGAAUGAAUAUCGAAAAUGAAGCAAUAGACAACACCAUUGAUCUAUAUCGGUAUUUGAACUUCACCAAUACUUGGUUGUUCCAGAUACUCACCGAAUUCAAUGUAAAAAACUCUAAUGCUGAAGAUCUAUCGGACUUUUUCUCCAGCAUCGUCGGCGCAAUUGGUUACAACUCAUUAUUACCAAAAAUAUUCAGUAAUAUCUCAGACAAAAAACAAGUGUCGACCCUUUUGACAGUUAUUGAAAGACAAUUUUUAGCAAGAGUUUUGGAGACAGAAAAAUCUGCGUUAGUCUUCUUGCAUAUAAUGAUGGAUACAGAAAUUGUACUAAGCAGGCAUCUGGUAAAUAUGUCAAGCCUGGGGAUGGAUUCAGAGGUUUUGGAACUGUUCAAAAAUACUAUUGCUACAUUUGCAAAAAUGCCUAACGAUACAUUAAAGAAAUACGACGAAAACUUGAACGAGCUAUUAAAGAUCGUUAUCAUUCAUGAGAAGUUCAUAUUGAGACAUUGUUUUGAAUCAAUUGAGCUCCGUGAUCACUAUAUGGUUGACAAUUUCUAUACUUUGUUCCAUAACACCGGUAAAGACUUGAAGUUGAAGCUACUACUUUAUGAUCUCCUAACUUCUCUAAAGUCUUAUAUUUUAAACGAAACAAAGGAUCAGGCUCUGCACUCAAUAAAAAUGCCAAGCGUUUUGAAUCAAUUGCCGAAAUUCGCGAUUUCGUCUUUCUUAGAUUCUGAAGGUACUGAAGAUGAAUUCCUUGAUAAAGACGAGCCAAGUCUAAUUCGUUUAGGUAUAUGUGAUAAACAGGCCAAAACGAACUCAGCUUUAAAAUACUUCGUCUUCAAUAAGAAGUCAUCUCAGUUCGAUUGUAUCUUCAAGAUUGAACCUUUCCAAUAUUUGGUUAACUAUCAAGAGCCACUGGAAGGCGAAUUGAAUAAUACCAGUUUGAGCUUAGGUUUAUUCGAUGCAAGGUUGGAAAAGACUAAUCCCUCUUAG